AUGGAGCUCCUGGGGGAGGCCGCCGUGCGGGACCCGCCGCCGGCCCGGCUCCCCGGCGGCUUCUGGGCGGCCGUCGGCGUCUGGCUGGAGAAGCCGCACGUGGCCAACAAGCGGCUCUGCGGCGCCCGCCUGGAGGAGGCCCGGGUCCGGCCCCGGCCCGGCGGAGAGGAGGAGGAGGAGGACGCGGAGGGCGGCGGCUCCGCGCUGGACGCCGCCUGGGAGGCCCUGUGCAGCCCCGAGUGCCGGCGGGAGUGCCGCGCCCUCGGCCUCCUCGCCGCCGCCGCGCCCCUGGCCCGGCCCGAGCGGGUGGUGGUGCUGCUGCGCACCCUGCUGCCGAAGGGGGGGAGCCGCCCCGCCCCCGCCGCCCGGGAGAUGGUCGUCAAAGAUAUCUGUAAUGGGACUGUGACCUUUGUGCCGUUGGAGCAAACCCAUGAAGUAAAAUGCGAGAUCAAGAAGUGCAACAUUUAUCAAAUUAAACUUGUGCAUACAAAAGAUGAUGAAUGGUCUCUCUCAGUUUUAUCGCCAUCUCCAGAAAAGUAUAUUUCAGAUGGAAUUGUAUACCCCAAGACAACAUGGCUUGGAAAUGAACUGCUGACUAAACUGGCUAAGUGGUCCAUGGAAACAAAAAAGUGUGAAUUUAAGAAUACCCUCUCUCUCAUUUCUGUGGCUAGAUAUAACAACACUUACCAAAAUUUAAAGGAAAAAUACAAAGAAAUCGUAAAGGUGUGGCCUGAAGUAACAGAUCCUCAAAAGUUUGUAUAUGAAGAUGUUGCUAUAGCUGCAUAUCUGUUGAUCCUUUGGGAAGAUGAGAGAACUGCAAAAGGCCUGUCCAGAAAACAGUCUUUUGUGGAUCUUGGUUGUGGAAAUGGUCUUCUGGUCCACAUCCUAAGCAGCGAAGGGCAUUCUGGCAAAGGGAUUGAUGUUAGAAGAAGAAAAAUAUGGGACAUGUACGGGCCCCAAACACACUUGGAGGAAUGUGCAGUUAGUCCAAAUGAUCUGCAUCCAGAUGCUGAUUGGUUAAUUGGAAAUCAUUCUGAUGAGUUGACUCCAUGGAUACCAGUAAUAGCAGCCAGGUCUUCGUAUUCUUGCUGCUAUUUCGUACUACCUUGCUGCUUUUUUGACUUCCAUGGAAAGUAUAUCCGGAGGCAAAGUAAGAAGACUCAGUACAGAGAAUAUCUUGAUUUUGUUACAGAAGUGGGACUUGUAUGUGGCUUUAAUGUUGAAGAAGAUUGCCUUAGAAUUCCCUCAACAAAAAGGGUGUGCUUAAUUGGAAAGUCUAGAACGUAUCUCCCAUCGCAAAGUGCUGCACUCGAUGAACAGCAAGGACGUUAUAUCCGCAGCCGCCAGUGCCACAGCGUAAGAGCGCCAGGGGGAGUGGAAGGGGGACAUCGGAGUGAGCGUCAGCCAGCCGCAAGCCAGGACGUGGGCCUAAUUGCAGGCAGAGAAGUACUGAAAAAUACGGAUGUGGCGGGAGCCUUAAUAUCUGGGUUUCAGCCUAGAGGGAAGGAACCAGUCCGUAACUGCACUGCUCUCCCUAAAGAUUUUGUGGACAGCGUGGUCUUGGAAGUAGCAAACCUACUGCUGAGUGGAAUCCAAGCUGUACCUGGAACUUCAGGUGCAUGGAGUCGAGGAGAGAGUCUCACCUUGAGUGAAAUUGCAGCACGUUUAAAAGAAGACACUUUAAAAAGGCUGAGGAAUGAAUAUGGAGGCCUGCAGACCUUGCUUAGAAACAGUCACCAAGUGUUUGAAGUGCUCAGUGGAAGAGUUAAUAUCCGUGACUGGAGAGAAGCGAAGCUGUCAAGCAAAAAGAAGCCAGGCAUGCAGGCUGAGCCAGGAGUUUCUUCGAAAGCCACAAAAACUCGCCUGUGUUGGUUUGACAUGCACCAUCCUCAUGGCUGUCCUUUGACCUCUGAACACUGUUCUUAUGCUCAUGGCAUUGAGGACCUGAGGCCGCACCAGCAGGUGCCAAAGAAACGUCAUGCCAAGCACGAAGGAGCUGCUGGCACAGGUGGAGGAGGUGGUCCAGUGGACUUUGGGUCCCAUAAACAGCGCCGUACUUCAUGUGGUGACACCUCUCUAAAUCCUCUUUAUGCAAGAGAAUGAAGGGGGGUUUUUUGUGGAAGAGAAGAUUUUGCAAGUUCCAUGGUUGACUUAUUGCCCUGACAAUGCUGAUUUUUAUUUGUACAUUAAAAUCCAAAUUUUAUCUGCAGUUGUGUUCUCAAAAUAGUUUCGGGAGUAUUUUUUCCCUUUCGUUUUGAUGAACGUGCAAAUCCAUGUUUAUGCUGAGGAAAAAUCUUGCAGUAAAAAUGUGGUCUCUGUUGCCCCAGAAGGUCAGGCCAGAACCAAUGGACUGAAAUUACAUCAGACAUUAGGAAGAACUUCCUGAUAGUUGGAGU